AUCAGACAAACCAUCUGAUACUCAGCUCGAAAUCUGAUUAGAGAAACAUUAUCCACAGUUGAGUAUGGACAACCUGGUCGAGACGCUACAGACGCAGCGCGAGGAGCUCCUGGCAGCCCACGCCGCUUCUAGCGACCGCGAGACUGCGCGCAAGCUGGUACAACAGCUCAAGAGCGUCUCCGAGGAGCUGGAGCUCGUGGCAGCGACGGCCACGUCCUCUCCACACUCUGCGCUUUCUCCGGACUUGUACGCGAGCUACCUGCUGGUUGUGCUGCUGUCCAAGAACCUCAACGAUGCGCGGUUCCUGUGGAAACGCAUACCGAUCGAGAUUAAGCAAAUGUCCGAGGAGCUGCGCAACGUCUGGGAAGUCAGCAAGGCGCUGUGGCAGCGGAAUCUAGCAGCAGCCUACGCCGCGAUGGACUACGACUGGUCUCCAUCACUGCAAGAACUCGUGGAGGCGCUUAAGACUUCUACACGCGAGGAUGCAGCCGAGCUGCUGAGUCUGGCGUACUCAGCGGUGUCUGUGGGUGACGCAGCAUUAGCGCUGGGCUUUGUGAGGCACGAAGACGCUGUACAGUGUGAGUUUUGUCAUAGUAACCAGUUGUAUCAUGCUGCUUGGUGUAUUCACGUGCUGUAUAUGGCUGCUACAGACUGCUCAUCACUGGGUUGGGAAGUGUCCACUGCAGACCAACUGAUCCUACCGAAACCAUUGGCCAACGUACGACGCGGACCCUCGACGGUAGUGGAUCUGGACCAACUCGACACGCUGUCCAAGACGGUACUACAUCUGGAACAGAACACGGUGCUGAAGCUUUAGUAAGGUGGACACGUGCACGCCAUGGCGUGGAUAUUGCGUAAUGAGUCAAUAUUAAACGGUCGCCCGCCGAUCUUUCAGACUA